GGAAUAUCGAUAUUUCUAGUGUGAUCCUGCGAAAAUAAACCCUACCAUUCUUCUCAUGAGGGCAUAUGGGGAGAAACAAAACAUACCACAAGAAUCAGCUUGUCGAGCUCUACAAGCUGGUACAUAUCCCAUCCAAAACUGAGCGUCACACCCAGGGACCUUCCCUCGUCAGUGCCCUUCAGGUUUAUCAUAUUGUGUAGACAUAGUCGAUAUAUCUAUGACAGGCUACGAAGUGUUAUGGCGGAGGAAAUGAAGCUAAAGAUUACAGAAUACUUGAUUCGUGUGGAUCCAGUUCUUCAACAUUCUGUUCCAUUUGGCGUUACUUUCGAUAAAGUAACCCUAUUGAAACGAUCUAUUCAAACAACGCUACUUCUCACAUUCGUUGAUGGUGUUUUAACGCCAAUAUAUUUACAAUCACCACUUUGCAAAACAGAACUAAGUGGUAAAGAACUAGCCGAUAAGUGA